AUGAGAAACGCUAGUACUUUACCACGGAAACAUUUCUAUAUUCAUCUUCAGCUCACAGGUACUUUGUUCAUCAGUCAACGCGAAUGAGAAGUACAAAUACUUAAAACUCAAACACCAGCUUCUACGGCGCUGGCACCCGUCGUGAUUCAAAUCUUACUUUUAUUCACGUGUGUCUUUGUUGACGCGUGUGCCUCGGCGAAGAUCCCUGUUGCAGAUUUUGCUUCCUACGUAGGGGAGGACUCUAGGAGAGAUUGGUACGUGAGGACGAGGGCGUGGCACAUUGAUGCCACGAUGCAGCACUGGUUUUUUCCGUCCUGGUCCUCGGCCACUUCUGAUGAGCGUGUUGCUGCGGUGUUUGACAAGUUGCUGAAGAAGCACGGAAUUACGGAACAGGAGUACGACGCUUCGUAUGGUGAUCGGCCGCGGGUGGCGAAGAAGCGAGCGGUCUUGAAGGCCACUCGCAGUCUGGUUGACUUGCGGGCGCGGCAGGUUGCUCUCGAUGGGUCGAUCACGGAUAACCAAACGCGUGAGCUUGUUGAGUCUUCCGCUGGCGUCUACAGUACUGCAAGAGACGAUGCUGGAGCUGUACACUGCGAGGAGUGCGGCUGCGAUCUGAAGGGGAGUAGACGAGCGCUCCGCGCGCAUUUACGAUUGCACCAGCAGGGCGAGUUUGUGCGUCUCGUCAAGGAGCAGGACGGGACGUGCAUGCCGGUCGAGGAAUUUGUCUACGGCCGAUCGGGGCAAUCCAUCAUACCGCCGACGUACAAGCAGUCCGCGCGGCUCGUUUUGCCGCCUCGACGUUUUCUUGCCGACGGGGCCGAAAAGUGGACCACUAGACAACUUACCUGCCCAUGCUGCUCAGUCCACGCCAUCGACUGGCCCAGAUCCUACCAGAAGAAGGUCGGCGCUGCGAGUCGUAUAAAAACGCACGAGCGGAAAUGUGCAAACUCCAAGAAGCUCGACCUCGCGGCUGGCCUCGAUCCUAUUCCGGAGUGUGCCGAUCUUGAAGUCGAUUGAUGUGCGACAUUUCGAUGACAAAUGACAAAUAGAGUUGCUAUUCGAUCUCGACCACAGCAUUCUGCACUACCCCCACUUCGAAUGCUGCGCUAAACGAUAACGAAGACAAGUCCCAAAACCCCUAGCAGCCCUCCCCUAUGCUAGCAAGAUGAUGAUGAUGAUUCAAAAAGUGGACCUCAAAUCCAACGCGUUUUCAUCACUUUCAGUCCAGAUAAUUGCAAAGAAACUUUUAAGUCUUAUCCGGGAUGUUGUUUUAUUACUUUCAAUUUUUUCUUGUCUCAGAAUAUGUUGCAAAACGGAAAGGUAUCAUGACCACACUGCCAGUGAGGCCAUCUUCCCAAAAUCUUCCGGUAUUUGAAGUAAAAAAAAAAGAGAAAAUUCAAAACGGAGACCAGUAGUAACACGAAAUUAAAACUUGAAAAAGGAGACCACCUACCUACCAGAGUCAGACACACACGCUUCUUGUAUGAGAUUAAGAAAAUAAGUAGAAAGAAACGCCGCAAAACCUACCUCCAUAUGUACAGCCGAGGUGAGAAAAGUAGUUGCGAGAAAAUUUCAAAGUAUAUCACGACACAGGAUGAAGUACACAAUUGCACACCAUAGUACAGCAUGCACAUACGAGUCGCUCUCGAUAUAGACUUAGCUCAGCGUCUGUCCGCCGCGCACGACGCAGAAUGUUGCGAACACGCUCUGGUAAGUGAUUGUUGGGUAGUCUGUGCCGUCG